AUGUUUUUGGUUUUGCAGAAACUGGAAGUGAAGCCUGUCGACCCCAAGAUGUACGGGAGCUUCUACUCUGGAGAUUCGUACAUUGUCCUCCACACGAAGCAAGCGAAGAGCGGCAGACUGGAGUGGAACAUCCAUUUCUGGCUGGGACGAGACACGUCGCAGGACGAAUACACGGUCGCCGCCAUCAAGAGCGUGGAGCUGGACGACUCGCUGGGCGGCAGUCCCGUGCAGCACCGAGAGGUGCAGGACCACGAGUCGGACCUGUUCCUGUCACACUUUAAGAACGGCGUCAAGUACCUGGAAGGUGGCAUCGAGUCCGGUCUGCAGAGUGUGGACAAGACGGUGCACAAGCGGCUCUUCCAGGUCAAAGGGCGCCGCAAUAUCCGCGUGCGACAGGUGCCCCUGGAGGCUAGCUCGCUGAACCACGGCGACUGCUUCGUGCUCGACUGCCGCGACAACGUGUACGUCUUCGUGGGCCACCGAAGCGGCGGCCUAGAGCGGGUCAAGGCCAUCCAGGUGGCCUCGGGCAUACGAGACGACGUCCACGGCGGCCGAAGCAAGAUCAGCAUACUAGGUAUGCUGUCCAGCCACUGAAUCACAUAAUCGGCG